CAUCGUGCAGCACCCUUUCACGAUACUGUCACAAGCGCAACCGACUGCGUGGUGAAAUUUCGUCACCGCAAAAAGUGCAUUAAAAGCAGUAAAUCGGUGCUAAAAGUGAGAAAAUUGUGUCCCAAUCCAGUGACCGGUGCCCGCUGCCACGAAUGUCAACAUGUCCCGGUAUAUGCAACGUCCGGAAAAUGCCCUAAAACGGGCCAAUGAAUUCAUCGAAGUGGGAAAGCCGGCCCGUGCCCUGGACACCCUCCAGGAGGUGUUCCGCAUCAAGAAAUGGACCUACACCUGGUCGGAAUCGGUGAUUGAGCCGAUUAUGUUCAAGUAUCUGGACCUCUGCGUGGAGCUGAAGAAGUCCCACAUUGCCAAGGAGGGUCUGUUCCAGUACCGGAACAUGUUCCAGCUGGUGAAUGUGGGUUCGCUGGAGAACGUCAUCCGAGGCUAUCUGAAGAUGGCCGAGGAACGCACGGAAGCCGCCCAGCAGCAAUCGUCCCAGGCCAUACUUGACAUUGACGAUCUGGAUAAUUUGGCCACGCCGGAAUCGAUUCUGAUGAGCGCGGUUUGCGGCGAGGAUGCCCAGGACCGGUCGGAUCGAACGAUUCUGCUGCCGUGGGUCAAGUUCCUGUGGGAAAGCUACUGUCAGUGUUUGGAACUGCUGAAGGUGAACUCCCAUUGCGAGAAUCUGUACCACGACAUCGCCAAGAUGGCUUUCGGAUUCUGUUUGAAGUACAAUCGGAAGAUGGAGUUCCGGAAGCUGUGCGAGAAGUUGCGGAAGCAUCUGGAAGAUAUUAGCAAGGUGAGCUCGCAGACGGCCAAUGUGAGCAUCUCGAAGCCGGAGACCCAGCAGCUGAACUUGGACACCCGUCUAAACCAGCUGGACUGCGCCAUCCAGAUGGAAUUGUGGCUAGAAGCGUAUAAGGCCAUCGAGGACAUCCACGGGCUGAUGACACUGUCUAAGAAGACUCCCAUGCCGAAGACAAUGGCCCUUUACUAUCAAAAAUUGGCCAUGGUGUUCUGGAAGGCCGGCAAUCAACUGUUCCACGCUGCUGCUCUAUUGAAGUUGUUCCAGCUGUCCCGUGACAUGAAGAAGAAUGUCACUCAAGAGGAGAUCCAGCGAAUGACUUCCCACGUUCUGAUUGCCACCUUGGCCAUUCCACUUCCGUCGGCUCAUCCGGAGUUUGAUCGGUUCAUCGAAACCGACAAGAGCCCCCUGGAGAAGGCCCAGAAGCUUGCGGUUCUGCUUGGACUGCAACAGCCACCAACCCGUGCUUCGUUGCUGAAGGAUGUGCUCCGCUUGAAUGUCCUCCAACUGGCCGCUCCCCAGUUCCAGAACUUGUACAAGUGGCUCGAGGUGGAAUUCGAUCCGUUGAAUCUCUGCGAACGUGUCCAAAACAUCAUCCAGGAAAUCACCGUCGAUGAGAAUAAUCCCUACGCUCAGUACACUCAGGCCCUGCAGGAUGUCACCCUGGUGCGUUUGGUCCGUCAGGUUUCCCAAGUCUACCAGUCGAUCGAAUUCUCUCGUUUCUUGGCACUGGCCAAGUUCUCCACCAGCUUCUACCUGGAGCGUAUUCUGGUGGACUGUGUGCGUCACAACGACAUGCAAAUCACGAUCGAUCACCGCAACCAUUGCGUCCAUUUCGGAACGGAUCUGAGCGAGAGCCAACGGGAGGAUCAUCCCGAUGGUCCCACGCUUCAAUCGAUGCCCUCGGAACAGGUCCGCUCCCAACUGGUCAACAUGUCCGUUGUCCUUCAUCGUGCCAUUGCCACGAUCAACCCCAACCGGAACAAGGCCGAACGCGAUCGUCUCCGGGCUCAGAUGGUCAAAAGCUACGAAGAAAACAUGGUCAAGGAACAUCAGCGCAUUCUCCAACGUCAGAAGAAGAUCGAAGAUCGCAAGGAAUACAUCGAGCGGGUGAAUCUCGAGCGCGAAGAGAAGGAACUCCGCGAACUAGAGGAAGUCGCUCGCCAGCAUAAACUCGCCGAACAGCGUCGUCUGGAGCAGGAAAAUGAGGAACGCGAACGCAAACGUUACGAGAACGAAGUCCAGAUGAUCAAGGAGCGCAACAUGAAGGAAAAGAUCGAUCAAAUCAAGCAGACGGCCGCCGGUCAAAAGAUCCUCAAGAAGUUCGACGAGGAAGACAUCAAGAAGAUGAACGCCGAAGAGAUCGCCGCCAAGGAGGCGGAAGAACGCCAAAAGGAACGCAAGGCCCACGACAACAAUCUCAAAUCGCAGGAGAAGAAGAUCGAUUACUUCGAGCGGGCCAAACGCCUGGAGGAAAUCCCCCUCAUCGAGAAGUACCUCGAGGACAAACUGGUCCAGGAUAAGCAGUUCUGGGAGAAACAGGAAGCCUCUCGCAUCGAAGCGGCCAUCGCCGAACGCAAGAACGCCGAAGCUGUCCAGGAGCGCUUGAAGCGCAUGCAACCGGACCGGGAAAUCUUCUGGCAGAAGCUGAAGGGCGAGCGCAGCAACCAGUUUGCCGAGAAACUUAAGGCCUUCAAUGUCGCCCUGGAGGAAGAGCGCAAACGGCGUCUGACCGAACGGGUUUAUGAGCGACGCGAGGAACGCCGCCAGAAAUGGCUCCGCGAAAAGGAGGAAGAACGUCGCCGGGCCGAGGAGGAAAUCCGCAAGCAAAGGCAGGAAGAGGAACGCAUCGAGCGUGAAAGACGUGCCGAGGAACGGCGCAUCGAGGACGAGAAGGCUCGGUUGCUCGAAGAGAAGAGACGCGCCCGCGAGGAAGAGGCUACGAAGAAGGCGGAGGAAAAUCGCCAAAUGCAGGCUAAAGCUCGCGAACGUGAACGUGAGCGUGAGGCAGAUUCCUGGAGAGAUCGUCGUGGAGGUGACGCUCCAGCUGCGGCAGCUCAACCAAAUCCGGCAGCGCAAGAAGCCACCAAGCCAGAAUCCGGAUGGAGAACAGCCGGAGCACGGGAACCGAGGGGAGAGGAUGCACCCAAGAAGGACGGCGUCUACCAACCGCGCUUCCGUGAUGUACGUGGCGGUGGUGCUGGCGGAGCCGGAGGUGUUGAACGACGUGCUGAUGAUCAGGAGUCGAACAAGUGGCGUCACGGAGGAGACGACGGAGGCAAGGAUGAUCGCGAUGGACCUCGCCGGAUGGGUGGUGAUAGGCCGCCAAUGCGCCGCGGAGGAGACGACCGCGAUGACCGUGGACCGAUUCGUCGUGGCGGAGACGAUCGUGAUGAUCGUGGCCCAAUCCGCCGUGGAGAUCGGCCUCCGAUGCGCGAUGGUGAACGAGGUGUCGGCAUGCGUCGAGAGGGAGGCGAUCGCGAACGUCGUGACGGCGGAGAUCGUCGGGACUUUGGCGGCAACCGUGACCGUCGUGACGACCGCGGAGGACCACGUCGUGACGAUCGGGGAGACCGCGGUGGCGAUCGUGACAGCGCAUGGCGCCGGCCAGCACCCCGCGGAGGCGACGACGGUGGCAAUUGGAGAACCCGACAGGAUCAGGCCAAACCGAAGGACGAUCGUCGCGAGGAGCGACCGAAGGAGGCCCGCAACACCGGCCCGGAUGAGGACGGCUGGACUGAUGUGAAGCAUCACCGUUAAGCACACAACUCUUUCGGCGUUGGAAACAUUUAUCCAGAAUAUAUGCAACUUUUUUUCAAAAAUCUUUAGCUGUACCUUAUAUUUGUUUUAGACAGUUCAUUUUAAGACAUUUUUGCUAUUAUUAUAGGCUGCAUUAAAAUAAGGCGAAAUGGUUCCCAGUUCCGCAAUGAUUAACAAACAACCUGGUUUUGAUCUACUUUUUUUCGAUCCAUUGAUCCAUACCAAAAAAGGGCGGACAGUAUAACAACUAACGGAACCAUUUCCGACACAAACUGCAAACGCUAAACUGGAGGGUCUGAGAUGGGGGCAAAUUUACAUACAUUACUCAUAUUACACACAACAAAUACACAGACAUACGUUAACUAAUGAAACUAGGAUCCUAGAAAUAUUUGGUAGUUUGAUUGAUUGAUAAACUUUAUGGGGCAUGAAUGGUAAAACUUGGGACGAGAUGGAGUUGCCUUGCGAGAGAAGUGUACCCCAAUGUAUUGAGAGCUCUGAAUUCUGUCUGAACCAGUUCUAUUAAAUCGUAUAUUAUAUUCCUAUGUAACCAUGAACACUGA